ACUAUAAACAGCUCUGUCAGUAUGGUUCUAUACCAUAAAUGAUCAAGAUGGCAAAGCGAUUCACUGUUCAGAGUGCCUUACAGCUGAUAUUGGAGGAGACAGAGGGUUCUCAUAGUGAUGCAGAAGAAGUAGUUUCGGAAUAUGAAGAUCACAUUUCUGAAAAUUCAGAGUCUGACAGUGAGUUUGAAGAGAAGGAUCAGCAUCAGUCAGCUCCAAAGCAUAAAAGAGCCUCAGGACCAACCCAUCAGCAUCCAGGACUAUGUGAGCAGCCAGCCAUAGGACCAGCCUGUCAGCCAGCUCCAAAAUGCAAGCAAACCACAGGACCAGCCCAUGAGAAGCUAGCCACUUUCCGGCAGUAUAUCCCAUCUAAACCUGCCAAGUAUGGUAUAAAGAUUUGGGCUGCCUGUGAUGCUGCUUCAUCUUAUGUGUGGAACUUGCAGGUCUACACAGGGAAAUGCAAUGGAGGAGCCCCUGAGAAAAAUCAAGUAAUGAGAGUGGUCCUCAAUAUGGCUCAGGGACUUUCUGGACACAACAUCACAUGUCAGAAUUUUUUCACAUCACACCAGCUAGGACAAGAUCUGUUAAAGCGGAAGCUGACUAUGGUGGGAACAGUACGCAAAGGCAGGUCUGAGCUCCCUCCCCAGCUCACUGAAAACAGAGGACAGGCCUGACCAGUCAUCAAAGUUUGUGUACACGGCUGACACGACCCUGGUAUCGUAUAUACCAAAGAAAGGUGGACAGAAAAACACAAUAUACAUGCACCCAGUGCAAGAAAUACAUAUGCAACACACACACAGUGAAACUCUGCCCUUCAUGUGUAGUAUAAUGGUAUGGUAUGAAAAUGGCCACAUUCAAUGGGGGUAAUGUGUUCAGUGGGGCUUAACUGACCUGAGCAAGUCAAAUAAAAAAAAAUCCAUUUUAGUUUUGGAAAAACAUGUUUCAUUUGUUCAUUUCUUGUUAUUUUUUCUGUUAUGCCUGUUUUAUGAUGCAUGUCCUUAUGUUACAUUUUAAAUUAAAAAAAUUAACCAAAACGAGUGGCAUUUCUAUUCAUAAAUGUGAUUUAACAAAGGUAAACGCCACAAAUUUAACCCAUGUGUUGUUUAUAUUACUUGCAAUUGGGAUAAAGUAAACAUCUGCUGAGUAUAUUAAAAUAAGAUAAUUGAUUAUGUUAAAUUAAAAGCCCCAAAAUGCAUCGGGUCCACCAGACCCAGCAGGACUCUUUAUGUAACAAAAAAACGAAGACCCUAUAAGGGUUAAAUUACUAAGUAUUGUUCUCCACAGUGGUGAUAAGAGCCAGACCUCAGAAGAGCUCAAUGCCUCUAAAAGCUACCUCACAAAAACUACAACAUCUACUGCCUGAUGCUGAAACAUUGUUUUACAAGCAGGUCAUUUUAAUGCAAAUAAGAACCGAAAAGGAAAAAAUUACCUUUAUUUUACCAUUAUUAACAUUGCAUAUACAAUCUCAAGAAACACAUGGCAGUUCAUUGGUUAUUUUAGAUAGUAAACUGUAAAAGUAAAAUGGCUCGAUUUGCAUUGUAGACAUCGCAACCCCUGGUUCCUGUCACUACCACUUUAAAGAAAUCUGGGUCAGUAAGUUUCUCUACAGUGAAUUAUUUCUCAACAAACCACUUUUAAUGACUUUGUUUGCAGAAAUAUUGAAAAAUCUGUUGAAUUUAUAUAAAAAGUACACUUCCACUUGAGAUUGUAAAUGAGGUAGAAAUACAGCAAAGUUUCACAAGGGAAGAUUGUGUUAAGAUGGUGAUGUCAUUUAAUUGAAUGAAGUUCUUGGCAAAGAAAGAAUGCAAAGCAUGUUGAACAAAAGCUUAACUGUAACUAUUUUAAUUUGACCAUAUACAAUCUAAUAUUCUGCUCACCUAAAAUGUGGAAUUGAAAACAAAAAAAUACUCUUUCAAAACAAUAAAACACACAGAGCUUAAAAAGGUGACUUGUACUUCUGCCUCAUAUUUGUUGAACUGAUUGAAGUAAAUAUGUUUAAAAUGUUUAGUUUUACAUUUUACACUGUACAUUUUUUUUUUCUAAUGAAGCCAAAGCACACAUUUUGUGCUGUAUCAUCAAAAUAUGAAUUCUGUCUAAUGGUAAAGACCUUAAGAAAAUAAAGUUCAUCCUGAAUUUU